AUGACGACAAGGUAAUAGACUAAAAUGCCUGCUCUCUGUGAUGUGACAAUGGCCAGGAGUCCUGCUCGAUCGCUUUGUUAUGACGUUAUGCAAGCUAUAAAGUUAUGAAUAACAUAAAAUAACAUAAUAUGAUGUUAUUUAUGUUAUUUCCCACGUGAAGAACUCCUGUAAACCUUGCCGUAUUGAAACUCAGUGAACAAGGCAUCUUAGACAAGCUGAAAAACAAAUGGUGGUACGAUAAGGGUGAAUGUGGAACCAAGGACUCUGGAAGUAAGGUCAGUCUCCGCAGGUCUUCUGUACUGAUUCCCAGUGUUCAUAUGAACAAAUACUAAACUAUACUGAAACAUUAAGAUUAGCUAUACUAUAUAUCCCCCUACCUCUUAUUAUAUGAUUUUUUUAUUCAAACAAAACAAAAACAAAAUUCUGCCACAUACAUGUAACAAAAAUGAACAAGUGGCUCAAGUCCAUCAUGCACUAUUUCCCCAAUUCAAAUCAUAUCCGAAAAAUAGUUUGUCAUUUUUUUUACCAACGUAAAUGUUAAAGUAAUUUUUAUAGAAAUAUGAACUCCUUUUUUCCUCACAAACUGUAAAUUACAUUAGACUUUGCUUGGGGAAACUGUAAAUGUGUAAAAUAAUCAAACACCAUCAUUGAAUAGUUGUUGACUGGCUGUUGAUAUUGAGUGCUAUUUUCGCUCAUUUUCACACUUGACAUUCAUAAUAUUCUUACCAUUAUGCUGCUGUUUCUAUUUACUAAACUCUUAAUUAAAAUUUGAUUUAUCUGUGUUGUUACUAGGUUACAUGGAAAUGUAUCUAUUGGGUUCUUUAACCUCCUGUGGUAAACAAACAAAGUGUUGUGAUCAAUUAACUUCAGGAAGACGUUAAAACACCGUGGGGUUGUUUUUCAAGUCUUUGUCUGAGCAAGGAGUUGCAAUGAAGAGAUCUUGUUGUUUCUAUUAAUGUAAUAAAACCUCUCAUUCAACCCUCUGAGACCGUAGCCAGGCUAAUGAACUAACAGAUCACUAUCUGUACCCUCGACGGCUUAGCUACGUAUUACCACAGGUAUAACCUCAGUCAAAUCUCAAAGGGUUAAACUGCAAACGGUAAAACUCUCAUGAACAAAUUUUCAAUAAACAUGUUUGGGAAAUAAGCAGCAGCAUAAUGGUUUGAUUCCGUUCUUAAAAUGGCUUUUGGGAUUUUUUUGAUGUCAGAGAGAUUUGACUACACAGUAUCACAGCUUACUAUAAGACAUUUUUUUUUUCAGGACAGGGCUUGAAAUGUUGACCUGUGAGUUACUGACCGCAGCUUCCUUAUAUGGAAGAAGACAUGUAGAGUAGGGGAAGCUUUACAUUCACCUAGAUCAAACAUAAAGUGGUGACUUGUCUCUCCUUCAUUGGAGAGUGGUCUGACUAUGGUGUUCAGAUGUUCCUCACAACUUCUUGGACCACUAUAGGAAAGCCAGUCCAAUCUAGACCUCUUCUAGAGUCAACCUCAGCCAUCCUUUACUUUGUCAACCUUCUGUUGCUGUUUGCCUCUGGAGUCUGUAGUAUGAUCUGCCAUUGGUAGCAUCAGAAAUGUUUCAGUCUCAGAGAGAGAGUUUGUAGGAGGGUCUAGUUAUAGAGUAUCCAUGUGAGUUCUGAUUGUUAGGUCUUUGACUGUUAUUUCAACAAGACUAUGUAAGGAUCAGUUUGAGGCCUAUAGAUAUAUAGAUAUAGAUCUGCUUUAUUGGCAUACUGGUAGGCUGCUGUUCUCUACAAAACUCUCUCCACCGCAAACCCUCUAACUAUGUUCUUCAACCUUCCCCAGGACAAGACAAGUGCUCUCAGCCUGAGCAAUGUGGCUGGAGUCUUCUAUAUUCUGGUUGGAGGGCUGGGGCUGGCCAUGAUGGUGGCUCUGAUUGAGUUCUGUUACAAAUCACGUGCUGAAACCAAACGGCUCAAACUAGCAAAGAAUGCUGAGAAAUUUAAGCCAGCUCCCCCGACCAACCCCCAGAACUUUGCCACAUACAGAGAAGGCUACAACGUGUAUGGGACAGACAGCGUUAAGAUCUAAGGGUAAUGACGAUGCUGCUCUCUUCCUGAUUCUCUCUCUGUGACAUCUGAAUAAUUUAGUUGGUUUCUUCUGGUCGUGUUGUUGGUGUUGAAUGAUUCACUUGUUUGUUUGUGUUGUUGUCAAGCUGUUGGUGUAAUUUCGUAACACUUUGUCACUCUUGACUUGGACAUACUCACAACAGACAACCCAACAUUACAUUUACAAUUCCCGAAGACUUUUGUUGACUUGACAUUGCUACAUACUGCAUAUGACUACAGGUCAAGCGUUAGUUCGGGUCACCUAAAAAAUAUAUAUAAUAAUUAGAAAUUCAUUUUCAGGAUGGAGAAACCCUUUCAGUGUAAACUUAAAUGAUUAAAACCAGUAGACGAGAUAAUGGACCUAUAUAUUUUUGUAUAAUAUAAUAUUUGAGGACUAACAAUCACCAACAUAAAAGCUAGACAGUCAGGUAGAAUUGGACAUAACAAAUUACAAAAAUGAAUUUAGCAAUAUAGAUUUUGUUAUUAUGUUUGAUUAAAAUAACACAGCAUUAGCCAUGGCAAAAUGCAUACAAUUGUAGGAAAUUAGCUUUAAAACUGCUAAAUGUUCUCUCAGUGUCACGAUCGUCUUGACGAGAAGGAGUAGACCAAGGCGCAGCGUGUGAAACGAACAUGACUUUAAUUAGUAAAGCACAAGUACAAAACAAAACACGAUCGUGAAGUCCACAGUAACACUGACUGAACACGGAACAAAAACCCACAACCCCAAGGGGAAAACAGACAGUAUAAAUAUGGCUCCCAAUCAGAGACAACGAGCCAACAGCUGACACUCGUUACCUCUGAUUGGGAGUCACUCAUUCAAACAAAGAAAUACAACCACAUAGAACAACCCAACCAAACAGAACACCACGAAACGAACACACCCUGGCUCAACAUACAAAGUCCCGGAGCCAGAGCGUGACAGUACCCCCCCCUAAAGGCGCAGGACUGCGACCGCGCCUCAAAACCCCAAACAGGGGAGGGCUGGGUGGGCAUUUCUCCUCGGAGGCGGCUCCGGCUCCGGGCUUGACCACCACCCUUCCACAAUCCCCCCGUAGCGCCCCCGGUCCGGUCUGACCCCGCUGGCUGGAUCUGGACCGGACAUAGACGGAGCGGAUUGCUCAAACUCCGUAGUGGAGUAGCUGACCUGAUCAGGCACCGGACUGACGACGCGCACCCCUGGCUUGGCGCGUGAGAAAGGCACGGACCGGACCUGGCUGACGAUACGCACCCUUGGCUUGGUGCGUGGAGCCGGAACGGACCUCACCAGGCUGACGACUCGCAUCCUUGGCUUGGUGCGAGUAGCAGGAAUGGCCUGGAUCAGGCUGACGACUCGCACCCUUGGCUUGGUGCGAGUAGCAGGCACGAGCUGGACCAGGCCGACGACGCACCCCGUAGGCUUGGUGCGUGGAGCAGGAACAGGCCGGGCUGGGCUGGCGACGCACACCGUAGGCUUAGUGCGUGGAGCAGGAACAGGCCGGGCAGGGCUGGCGACGCACACCGUAGGUUUGGUGCGUGGAGCAGGGACAGGCCGGGCCGGGCUGACGACGCACCCCGUAGGCUUGGUGCGUGGAGCAGGAACAGGCCGGGCUGGGCUGGCGACGCACACCGUAGGUUUGGUGCGUGGAGCAGGAACAGGCCGGGCAGGGCUGGCGACGCACACCGUAGGUUUGGUGCGUGGAGCAGGAACAGGCCGGGCAGGGCUGUCGACGCACACCGUAGACUUGGUGCGAGGAGCAGGAACGGGCCGGGCAGGGCUGUCGACGCACACCGUAGACUUGGUGCGUGGAGCAGGAACAGUCCGGGCAGGGCUGUCGACGCACACCGUAGACUUGGUGCGAGGAGCAGGAACAGGCCGGGCAGGGCUGUCGACGCACACCGUAGGUUUGGUGCGUGGAGCAGGGACAGGCCGGGCCGGGCUGACGACGCACCCCGUAGGCUUGGUGCGUGGAGCAGGAACAGGCCGGGCUGGGCUGGCGACGCACACCGUAGGUUUGGUGCGUGGAGCAGGAACAGGCCGGGCAGGGCUGACGACGCACCCCGUAGGCUUGGUGCGUGGAGCAGGAACAGGCCGGGCUGGGCUGGCGACGCACACCGUAGGUUUGGUGCGUGGAGCAGGACAGGCCGGGCAGGGCUGGCGACGCACACCAUAGGUUUGGUGCGUGGAGCAGGAACAGGCCGGGCAGGGCUGUCGACGCACAACCGUAGAAUUGGUGCGAGGAGCAGGAACGGGCCGGGCAAGGGCUGUCGACGCACACCGUAGGUUUGAUGCGUGGAGCAGGGAACAGGCCGGGCUGGGGCUGGCGACGCACAACCGUAGGUUUGGUGCGUGGAGCAGGGACAGGCCGGACCGUACUGGGAACACACACCACUGGCUUUAAACGGGGAUCAGGAACGGGCCGGACCGGACUGGCAAUACACCUCAGUCCCUCUCGCCGUGCCUCUACGACUUCCUUCCCUCCUCUCGCCAAUGGCUCCCGUAACCCGGUGGCCUUCUCUCCUCUUCUCCUAUUUCGCCCUGUGGCAGCCUCCUGCUGCCCAGUCACCCAUGCCGUGUGCCCCCCCCCCUAAAAAAUUAUUGGGGGUGCCUCUCGUCCGUCCGACGAUGGCACUGCUGACGCCGCUGCUCCUCUCUCGCCAGGGCCUUGAUCCUACCCCAAGGUCCCUUGCCCCCAAGCAUGUCCUCCCAGGACCACACUUUGCCCACCUGGGCCAUCGCCAGCCUCUCCAUCUCCUUUCCUGGCGCUUCCUCCCAUGACCAGGCUGCCUGCUUCUGGACACGCUGCUUGGUCGUUGUAUGGUGGGUUUUUCUGUCACGAUCGUCUUGACGAGAAGGAGUAGACCAAGGCGCAGCGUGUGAAACGAACAUGACUUUAAUUAGUAAAGCACAAGUACAAAACAAAACACGAUCGUGAAGUCCACAGUAACACUGACUGAACACGGAACAAAAACCCACAACCCCAAGGGGAAAACAGACAGUAUAAAUAUGGCUCCCAAUCAGAGAUAACGAGCCGACAGCUGACACUCGUUACCUCUGAUUGGGAGUCACUCAUUCAAACAAAGAAAUACAACCACAUAGAACAACCCAACCAAACAGAACACCACGAAACGAACACACCCUGGCUCAACAUACAAAGUCCCGGAGCCAGAGCGUGACACUCAGUUCCGUGGCAGAAUAUGUAGAUUUGCAGGAAAUGGGCUUAAAAAUGCAAACAUUUCUUUACACCGCCAAAAUGGGGGCCUCUAAAUAUUUUUUUUUAAUCCAGCCGCCUCAAUGGGCCUGCCACGCCUCCUUCCACGGCCCUGCCUCACCCACCACCUAAGCCCCUUUUUUUUAAUCCAGAACAAAACUUGCACUAUGGUGUUCUUGACACCACAAACAGUUAAUUGAAAUCAACAUUACAUUUUUUUUUUUGAGUAACCCAUCAAAAAACAUUGAAACACUCUUUAUCUCGUGGACACUCACACUUUAUCUAGCUUAACGUUUUAGUUUACUCAGUAGAAUGUGCUAGCGGCAUCUGCUAAUCGCUAAUAGCUAAGCUAAUGUCCCAAGUAAUACUGGCACACACCAUCAUGACUCAACCGUUCCAACCUAAUGACACAUCUCAUCUCAUCCACCAUUCAACAGCCUAUUACCCAUGUGUCACUGUGUGAGAAUCUCAAUUGCAUUUCAUUGAUUCCUCACGUCCUCUCUCCUCAAAACUCAUUGGAUGAGAAGGUCAGAGGGGAGGGACCACUGACUUUUCAUCCAAUUGGUUUUGAGAAGGAGGGAAGGAGAGAGGACGUGAGGAAUCAAGGAAAUGGAAUUGAGAUUCUCCCUAUGUCUCUAGUUCCUCUAAAACAGAUAUCAGGUGCAUCAGCUAGACCCUUACGAACGACUGUGACUAUUGACCCUAUGAUGAAAUGACAGGAUCACGUCAGGAUGGGGGUUUCCUCAUCUGCAGCUAAAUCCUCUCCUGGCGGCAAUGGCGACGAUAAUCUGCAAUGAAGACACGACAGGACUGGUGACGUGAAGAACUCAAUCGGUUUCCUCCAGUGCCUUAUGUAUGGAACACUCACAGACUCACAGAAUGACUUAGAACAACUCAUCACAAUGGUAUCACGUUUGGCUUGAACUCACAAACCCACAAACAAUUUAUCAACUAAUCAGACAAAUAAACAGAAAGACAGGAUCGAUACUGUAAUCUGUUGUAAGGAACUUUAUUUGAGAUGUUGUGACGAAAUCAGAGGAGAAAAGAAAGAGGUCUAAAGCCAUCAUUCGCACCCCAAGCACAUUUCCAAGUGCCGGACAGAAGAUGAAUACGAUAUUACAUAAGAUAAAUAGUUUUUUCUGCUGAGGGAAUUUGAUCAGAUUAUCCUAAUUCUUCUUGCAGGCCAGGUUUUUACUGGUUAAAUGUGUUUUAAAAUAUGUUUAUUGUAGGCACUGUACAGUAAGUCACUGAUUAUUAGAAGAUAGCUUUUUAUAUUGCUGUGACCUUGGAAUUGUUUUGAAAGAUGAAUCUUAUUGGAAUCAAUUGGUUAAAUAUGCCAUAGCCAAAAUAAUAUUGUAUUGUUGUUGUCCUCGACUAUGAUGCUUCUGAAGUCUCAGAAAUAGACUCUGAGAGCAGGCAUUGGUAGUGCAUCUGAAAUGGCAACCUAUUCCCUAUAUAGUGCACUACUGACCAGAGCCCCU